ACGUUUUCGCAAAACAGGCAUCGCUUUGCCACGUCGGUCUCUGUGUGCUACUAGUGACUGUAGCUAGCUACUGUUGCACUGCAAACAGACUCGUUUUUAACCGUAUGUUUAUUGUUGGAGGUAAACCGAUAUAACGUUCUGUGUGUUUAUAAGUAGCACACAACCCCCGUCCCCGCUAAAGCCUAUGAAUAUAUUCCCUUUUAAGACGAGAGAAAUGUUCGUUCCUGUCUCGGCUUGUCAACCCACAAUUGACUGAUGCAUCCGUGUCCACACCAUCCGCUUUUUGUCAAUGUUGUUGGCCUGGCUGUGUUGGGCCGGGCUGUGAGGUGGUGCUGGUCUCUGGGUCUAGGUGGAGAGGCAGUAGCAGGGGGUGUUGAGGUGGUGCCUGGCCAUGCCCGGGGGCCGCAGGGGGCCAAGUAGACAACAGCUGAGCCGCUCUGCUCUGCCCUCCCUACAGACUCUGGUGGGGGGCAGCCUCGGCAACGGACUCAGAAACAGGAGCAGUAACUGUGUGGGUCUCUCUGCCCCGCCCCUCUCGGCCCUCAUCACGCCGGAACCCGUCCGUCACUACCGGAUCCCUGACCUCCCAUUGGACAGCAGCCUGCUGUUUGAGUUCCUGCUCUUCCUCUACCUGCUGGUGGCGCUGUUUGUUCAGUAUAUUAAUAUCUACAGGACUGUGUGGUGGUACCCUUAUAGUCACCCUGCUGCCUCCACCUCUCUGAACUUCCAUCUGAUGGACUACCACCUGGCUAUCUUCAUCACAGUGAUGCUGGCCAGGAGACUGGUGUGGACUAUAGUGUCAGAGGCAUCUCAGACCAGUCCAUGUUCCUUGGUACGGUACGUGGUUCUGAUCGCAGCACGGCUCAGCCUCCUCACUCUGUGUGGCUGGGUUCUCUGUUGGACCCUGGUCAACCUGUUCAAGAACCACUCGGUGCUCAACCUGCUCUUCCUUGGAUACCCGUUUGGGGUGUAUGUCCCCCUGUGUUGCUUCCAUCAGGAGAGUAGGGCCCAGCCAGUGCCUUCAGACUGUGGUUACUCAGACCAGGACCUGUCCCACGGGCCCUUCUUCAGGCCUAAGGACUUCCUGGCGUUACUAAGGGAGAGCCUGAGAGAGCAGUUUACCACUCCAGGCCACACCCCCCACCACACCUGUCCCCAGCCCCCAUCUCCAGAACUCAUCCGCAGUGAGGUGGAGGAACUCCGGAGCGACUUCAACCGUCGCAUCAAGGAAGUCCUCUUCAACUCCCUCUUCAGCGCUUACUACGUUGCCUUCCUCCCCCUCUGCUUCGUCAAGAGUACCCAGUACUAUGACAUGCGGUGGUCCUGUGAGCACCUGAUCAUGGUGUGGAUCAAUGCGUUUGUGAUGCUGAUGAGCCAGCUGUUACCUCCCAGCUACUGUGACCUGCUGCACCGCUCGGCAGCCCACCUGGGGCGCUGGCAGAAGCUGGAGCACGGGUUCUACAGCAACGCCCCGCAGCACGUGUGGUCUGAGAGUACGGUCUGGCCCCAGGGGGUGUUAGUACGCCACAGUCGUAGCCUGUACAAGGCUGUAGGACCCUACAACGUGGCCCUGCCCUCAGACGUCUCCCACGCUAGGUUUUACUUCCUUUUCCACAAGCCGUUGCGGAUCCUGAACCUGUUAAUCUGGAUUGAGUGUAGCGUCGUCCUGUACCAGCUGUACUCCCUGCUCCGCUCUGAAAGCUGGAACCACACCCUGUCCCUGGGCCUCAUCCUGUUCUGUAACUACUACGUCCUCUUCAAGCUGCUCCGGGACCGCAUCGUGCUGGGCAAGGCCUACUCCUACCCUGUUACCUCCAGUACAGGGUCCAGCACUACCAACAGCACCGCCACCAACGGCCUGGGGCUCAAGUCCCAGUGACGGCCCAGGAGAGGGUUCUGGAGCUGGGGGACGUGGGUUUGGAUACUCACUGGCCUCCCUGGCUGUACGGAGUGAUGGGUGGAAGGGGUGGAGGUGAGAGAGGGGGUCGGGCGUGCAGCAGUGGGGUGGGAGGGACUGACUGUGAACUCAUAUUGUUUUGAUACGGUUCUAUUUUUCAUGCAAUGUUUAUACCUAUUUAAAUAAUAUUUUAUUUUGUAUACUGUUUCAAAAGUAACAGGGCAUUACGGUAGUAUUGUCAUGUGAUGUUGUCUCAUGGGGCAAAGCGAUUGGAUGGGAGAGAGUGAGUUGUGUUCUUGAUGCCAUGAGGCCCCGCCCACGUGCUGUGCUAAGCUCCUCCUCCUAUGCUCACUGCGUUCCGACUUCCACCAAAGAUGCUUAAAGAAAACUUCAGAGCCAAUCAGAGGGAUAGACUAUGGUUCCGGCAGCCAAUCAAGGAAGAGACUUUGGCUCGGUUGCCAAUCAAGGAAGCGACUGAGGAGACCCCGCCUCUCCCUGCACACUGCCUCUUUAGAGAACGUAUUCAUCCCUUUACGGUGUUUUAUUAGGAUUCGUUUCGUAGCAAGACUGUCUGCAGUUUGUCCAUGAGCGCUGACUCUGGUGCCUGUAGAACAUAUCCACGUCCCAAAUGGCACCCUAUUCCCUACAUAGUGCACAGCUUUUGACCAGAGCCUUAUUAGCCUAGGUUAAAAGUAGUGCACUAAAUAGGGAAUAGGGUAUAAUUUGGGACAGGCUCAAUGUUUUCUUUGCAGUGUCAUGUUCAUUCAGGUCAUUAAUUUACCACAAAUAGCCGCUCUUCAUUUCACUGUGCCUGAGAAGCGAAAAACAUAGAUAUAGAAUGGACACCACCACCGCAACAGAUUGCAUGGCCGUUUUUCUAGAUGGGACACAAACCGCAUUGAAUGUGCAGACGUAUGUAUGUGCUUUACUUUCCAGUGUGUGCUUGAAAUUAAAUAAAACAUUACACUUGGUAUCUUCAAUGCUACAAGUUGUGCUCAGCUGCUAGCAGUGUUAUUUUAAAGAGCUUGCCUUGUUGCGAGUCCCAGGUGAGGAUGUGGGAUGGGUUCUAGUGCCAUAAUUGUCCGUUCAUCCAUUCUAUUUUGUUCCUUUUCUAUGAGCAGCUGAUCUAGAAUGAUUCAUGUUUUUAUCAACGUGCCAAAAUCCCAGGUUGCCUGUAUGAUCAUGUUUGUUCAUGGGCGCGUUCCACCUUGUCUUUUAAUGCAGUCCUGUUGUAAGGCCCCUCAGCAGAUUGCUAUAUCAAAUGAAUGAUGAAUGUGGUACCUGAGAUGUUGUGAGAUCUGAUAUGUGCAGGAUGACUGCAAUAAAGAUGACCUGGAACGUUAGCUGUGUGUUUAUAUUUUCAGUGGGUGAGGUGGAAGAUGGAGGAGGGAGACAUGCUGUCCUAUGGCUCACAGUGUUUGAUUUUCGAUGAGCAUUUUUUAUGCCGUUGAAAUAAAAUAAAAAAUAAAAAGCGCUGUUAAACUGA